AUGGCCGGGGGCGUGGAACAGCGGCUGGGCAGCCUCACUGUCUUCACCUGCGACGACUUCGAGGGCGACUGGCGCCGAGUCGCCAACGGCGGAUUCGGCCAGGUGUUUCAGGCGCGGCACAAGCGUUGGCGGACCGAGUAUGCCAUCAAAUGCUCCCCCUGCCUCCUGCCAGACGCCACCAGCUCCGAUGUGAAUUGCCUUAUUGAAGAAGCAACCAAAAUGGAGAAAAUCAAAUUUCAGCACAUUGUAUCCAUCUACGGGGUGUGCAAGCAGCCCUUGGGCAUUGUGAUGGAGUUCAUGGCCAAUGGCUCCCUGGAGAAGAUGCUGCCCACCCACAGCCUCAGCUGGCAGCUCAAGUUCCGCAUCAUCCAUGAGACCAGCCUGGCCAUGAACUUCCUCCAUAGCAUUAAGCCACCUUUGCUCCACCUGGACCUCAAGCCAGGCAACAUCCUCCUGGACAGCAACAUGCAUGUCAAGAUUUCAGACUUUGGCCUUUCCAAGUGGAUGGAACAGUCAACCCGGAUGCAAUACAUCGAGAGGUCGGCUCUGCGGGGCACCCUCAGCUACAUCCCCCCUGAGAUGUUCCUGGAGAGUAACAAGGCCCCAGGACCCAAAUAUGAUGUGUAUAGCUUCGGGAUUGUCAUCUGGGAGAUCCUCACACAGAAGAAACCAUAUUCAGGCCUCAACAUGAUGGCCAUCAUCAUCCGAGUGGGUACAGGCAUGAGGCCCUCCCUGCAGUCUGUCUCUGAUGAGUGGCCAGGCGAAGCCCAGCAGAUGGUGGACCUGAUGAGGCGCUGUUGGGACCAGGACCCCAAGAAAAGGCCCUGCUUUCCAGACAUCACAAUCGAGACAGACAUGCUGCUGUCCCUGCUCCAGAGUCCUGUGGCAGACCCUGAAAGUGAAGCCGUGGCCAGGAAGGUGUCCUACAAGCCAUCCCUGCACCGGCCUCAGGAGGUCAGUGACAAGGUCAACGGGGAGCUAACAGACAGCGACUCAGGAGACUACUUGAAGCGGGUUCUGCAGCUCUCAGACAGUGAGAGCCUGGUCCCAAGCGAUGAGGAGCUGCAUGUCUACGAGAACAAGGUCACUCCCCUUCACUUCCUGGUGGCACAGGGCAGCGUGGAGCAGGUGAGGUUGCUGCUGGCCCAUGAGGUUGAUGUGGACUGCCAGACAGCCUGUGGCUACACGCCCCUCCUCAUUGCCGCCCAGGACCAGCAGCCCGACCUCUGUGCCCUGCUUCUGGAGCACGGCGCUGACGCCAACCUGGCAGACGAGGACGGCUGGGCCCCACUGCACUUUGCAGCCCAAAAUGGGGACGACCGCACCGCCCGCCUGCUCCUGGACCAUGGGGCCCACGUGGAUGCCCAGGAGCACGAGGCAUGGACCCCACUCCACCUGGCUGCACAGAACAACUUUGAGAAUGUGGCACGGCUUCUGGUAUCCCGUCAAGCUGACCCCAACCUGCGUGAGGCCGAAGGCAAGACCCCUCUCCAUGUGGCCGCCUAUUUUGGCCAUGUCAGCUUAGUCAAGCUGCUGAUAGGCCAGGGGGCAGAGUUAGAUGCUCAGCAGAGAAACCUGAGGACACCCCUGCACCUGGCUGUGGAGCGAGGCAAAGUGAGGGCCAUCCAACACCUGCUGAAAAGUGGGGCAGCUCCCGAUGCCCUUGACCAGAAUGGCUACAGCCCUCUGCACACCGCAGCUGCCUGGGGCAGAUAUCUUAUCUGCAAGAUGCUGCUCAGGUAUGGGGCUAGCCUUGAGCUGCCGACCCAGCAGGGUUGGACACCGCUGCAUCUAGCAGCCUACAAGGGCCACCUGGAGAUCAUCCGCCUGCUGGCUGAGAGCCACGCAGACUUAGGGGCUCCUGGAGGCAAGAACUGGACCCCUCUGCACCUGGCUGCCCGCCAUGGGGAGGAGGUGGUGGUGGCAGCACUUCUGCAAUGUGGAGCUGACCCCAAUGCUGCAGAGCAGUCAGGCUGGACUCCCCUCCACUUAGCGGUCCAGAGGGGUGCCUUCCUGAGCGUCAUCAACCUCUUGGAGCACCGUGCAGAUGUCCAUGUCCGCAACAAGGUGGGCUGGACACCUGCACAUCUGGCAGCCCUCAAGGGCAACAUGGCCAUCCUCAAAGUGCUGGUCAAAGCAGGUGCCCAGCUGGAUAUCCAGGAUGGAAUGGGCUGUACACCCCUGCAGCUGGCCCUCCGGAGCCAAAAGGAGAGCAUUGUCACCUUCCUAGAGGGCAAGGAGACUUCACUGACCAUUCUGGGCAGUACUGAGCCUGGAGACCAGACAGAAGUAUAG